CUGCUGAUUGAGGUGGAGCGCUAGCUCCUCACUCAGUCAGUCAAUCAAGCAAGGCCUCAGGAGUAAUUUUAUUCUAGGCCUAGCUAGCCUGCCUAUCGUUGUACACUAUUUACUAGCUAGGGCUUAGCUCCUGGUAUAGAGGCCUAGUUUAAGUUUUUACUGAACCAAUUGGAAAUAGAACUUGAAGUACGAUGGGGUCUUUCUACAGAAAUGCUGUAUUUAUUACCAAAGGAAUUAAAGAAUUUACCAAAGGUGGAUACAACAAAUCUGAAAAAUCUUUUGACCUAAAGGCCCUUGAUGUUGAUUUGUCGGAAAAGGUUUUUAUGGUAACCGGAGCAAACAGUGGGAUUGGAAAAUCUGCAGCUGAAACUUUAGCACAAAAGGGUGGUACUGUACACAUGGUUUGCCGAAAUCUGGAGCGAGGCGAGGAAGCCAAAAAUAACAUCAUUCAAAAAACAGGAAAUCAGGACAUCCAUCUCCACAUCCUGGAUAUGUCAAAACCAAAUAAUGUUUUUGAAUUUGCAAAAAGCUUCCAAGAAAACCAGCCAUUGUUAGAUGUUCUAGUGAAUAAUGCAGGUUGCAUGAUCAAUACAAGAGAAAAACAAGAAGAUGGACUUGAAAAGAAUUUUGCUACCAACACUCUUGGAACUUACAUCCUAACAACUGAAUUGAUUCCUCUGCUUAGUAAAUCAAGUCAAGGCAGAGUGAUAACUGUAUCAUCAGGUGGUAUGUACACAACAAAACUAAACAUUGAGGAUUUCAACAGUGAUAAAAUGAGCAAGUUUGAUGGUACUUUUGUUUAUGCUCAAAAUAAGCGUCAACAAGUUGUGAUGACAAGCCAAUGGGCAAAACAACAUUCAAAUGUGCUGUUUUCCGCUAUGCACCCCGGUUGGGCAGACACCCCCGCUGUGAGGACAUCAAUGCCGGGAUUCUACAAUACAUUCAAGGAGAAACUACGAUCUCCAGAGCAGGGAGCAGACACCAUUGUCUGGCUUGCGAUCGCAGAUGAACCCACAAAGCUAGACAAUGGCCAGUUUUUCUUAG